UUAAUGUUGACAUGCGAUCUAUCGAGCCCGUUACGUUAGGCAUUUGUAAUGUAAACAGUCAAUUUAGGUCAUGAGUUCAGCUGAUAACGACGAUAUAGACUCUGAGGACUUCGAGAUGUCAACCAGUAUAGAAACGUCGCUUCUACUGAACAGUGCGUCAGGUAUGGACGAACGAAACGUCAAGUACACACCGAGUGAGGAUAAUGUGGCAGUCAAUGGAACGUCAACUAACUCUGAUGGCGACAUAUCUGAGGAGGCGAAGACGUCAGGAUUUCUCUAUGUCCUGUCAUUCUUUGCCGCUAUUGGUGGCUUUCUAUUCGGGUAUGAUACCGGUGUGGUUUCAGGUGCGAUGCUGCUGCUGAAAAAACAAUUCAACUUGACAUCUUUAUGGGAAGAAAUCAUUGUCAGUGCCACUAUUUUGUUUGCUGCCAUUUUUGCAUUAGUUGGUGGGUUUCUAAACGACUAUUUUGGGAGGAAGUUUACAACUGUAUGUGCCAGUUUUGUAUUCACGGGAGGAGCAGUUCUCUUAGGAUUUGCACAAAACAUUGCUAUGCUGGUCAUUGGAAGGUCAAUACUCGGAAUAGGAAUAGGUUUAGCAUCCAUGACUGUACCAAUUUAUAUCGCAGAAUGUGCUCCUCCUCAAAUGAGGGGAAGACUGGUGACUCUUAACAAUUUAUUUAUUACUGGGGGACAGUUCAUAGCCAGUGUGGUUGACGGAGGUUUCAGCUACGACAAGGUCAACGGCUGGAGGUUUCCUCCCAAAGGAACCUUAUGUUAUCAUUUUCAUGGAUGUGCAGCGGAACUGGACUGGGGAGAUCGUCGGCUGACAAGUAGCUCAAUUGGAAACCAGUUUAUUUUGGUGAAAAUGUAUCAGAACCGAGCAGUAAGAAAGGCUGUCUUUGUAGGAUGUGGUUUACAGCUUUUCCAGCAGCUCAGCGGAAUCAACACGGUCAUGUACUACAGUGCCACUAUAGUGAAGAUGACUGGAGUAAGGGAUGAAUCAACAGCCAUCUGGAUUUCUGCAGGAACAGCUGGUGUCAACUUUGUAUUUACCUUGGUAGGUCUAUGGCUGGUGGAGAGAAUUGGGCGACGCCCACUUAUCCUCGGAAGUUUAUUUGGUGUAUUUCUCAGUCUGGUGUUGCUGGCUGUGGGAUUCCAGUUGAUAGCCUUCAACUCCCCUCCUGUCUCUGUCCACACCGAUUACAAUUCCACAUCACCGUGCUUCUCCCACAAUUGGUGCGAGGCAUGUAUAGAAGACAAGAACUGUGGCUACUGUUACACAGAGGUUGGCAAGUCUGCUGUCAAUGGAUCGUGUCUGCCGACGACUUCUAGUGAUACAAGCCAGGCCCUGAUUGGUCCAUGUAACAAUACAUUUCUACCCUCGGAGACAAUCUGGGCCCAUGGGUACUGCCCCACAACAUACUCAUGGAUGGGCAUUCUUGGGCUUGUACUCUAUCUCAUGUUCUUUGCUCCAGGGAUGGGUCCUAUGCCCUGGACAAUAAACUCAGAAAUUUAUCCUUUGUGGGCAAGAAGUGCAGGUAGCUCGCUCGCCACAGCAACCAAUUGGACCUUCAACCUAGUAGUUUCCAUGUCCUUUCUUACACUAACAGAAACACUUACUAAAUAUGGAACAUAUUGGUUAUUUGUGGGUAUAGUUUUUCUCGGUCUGAUAUUUAUGUUCAUCACUGUGCCUGAGACCAAAGGUAAGCGUCUAGAAGAAGUCGAAGAACUUUUUGAAGACCCUUGGUGCACAAGAUGUUCAGGAGAAUCAGGGGAGAUAACUGUGAAGGAAGGAUAAGAAGAACUGUGAUAAAAGUUUCCAUUCUCUGUCAUUUUUUUUAAGAAAUAACAUAUUGCUCAAUUUAGGGUGUCGCCUGUGGAGGAUCUCUUUGUCCACUGCGAUCCGUCAUCAACAAUAGCUGUUUUUGAGAUACUUUUUUUUCUCAAGAUUUGCAUGUUAUGUGAUGGGGAGCAUAUGCACUUCCGGUAAAAAGUGAUAAUUUGACAGCAGUACAAACAAUAUGCAAAAACACUGGUGUGCUGUUCCGACUGCAUUUCAGACAAGCAGUUAAUAGUUAGUAGUGUGUAGAUAUAUCUCUAUUAUGAAGGAUGUGAAAUAUAUAUUGUCUGUCGACAUAAAUGGAAAAUUUAUUCCAGAAAAUAUUUUUGUACAAAUUACUUAUAAGACAUGAUGAAACCUUUGAUGUUUAUGUUCCACCUUAGUCACUGUUGCUGUGAUGGAUUAUCAGUUUCUCAUGAAACUUAUUUUUGUAUAGUUUUCAAAGAUUUACUUAACACACAAGUAAUGUACACAUCAAACAUGUCACAAUGUUACAAGACCAAUUCCGGCAAUUGUUCCCUUUCUCAUACCUUUGGUCAUAGCUUGAGCAAGGAACCAAAUGGUCUUUGAUAUAUACAUUAUUUGUGUAUAAAUUAGCCUGGAAUUUUGCUGUAAAAUCAUGUGUUUCUCUCAUAUUACCUGUCAUGGAUACAUUUGUAACCUGCCAUCAUUCCAUAUAAGGAUCCCUGUCCCACUUGUGUUUUUCCUAUAUACAGUAACCUCCCUGUAACUUCCGUUUAGAGACAACUGUAGCCAUUUUGCCAGGACACUUUAGUUGACCAGCUCAAUCACACUGUUGUUGAUUCCAUUUUAUUAUUUCAUCUUCUUUUCACAUAAAAGUCCCACAAGGUAUAGAUUUCUUAUGGAAACGAUUCAUCAAAGGUGUAGUCAUGCUGCACACUAAAAAAAAAUCCACAUUUACAGUCACAGUUUUGGCAAUGGUACUGGUAUCUCUAAGCCAGAGGUAGGGGUACAGGGAUCUCUAAGCCAGAGGCAGGGGUACAGGGAUCCCUAAGCCAGAGGCAGGGGUACAAGGGAUACCUUAGCCAGAGGCAGUGGUACAGGUAUCUCUAAGCCAGAGGCAGGGGUACAGGUAUCUCUAAGCCAGAGGCAGGGGUACAGGGAUCCCUAAGCCAGAGGCAGGGGUACAGGUAUCUCUAAGCCAGAGGCAGGGGUACAGGUAUCUCUAAGCCAAAGGCAGGUGUACAAGCUAAGGGAUACCUUAGCCAGAGGCAGUGGUACAGGUAUCUCUAAGCCAGAGGUAGGGGUACAGGGAUCCCUAAGCCAGAGGUAGGGGUACAGGGAUCCCUAAGCCAGAGGUAGGGUUACAAGCUAAGGGAGACCUUAGUCAGAGGCAGUGGUACAGGUAUCUCUAAGCCAGAGGCAGGGGUACAAGCUAAGGGAUACCUUAGCCAGAGGCAAUGGUACAGGUAUCUCUAAGCCAGAGGCAGGGGUACAAGCUAAGGGAUACCUUAGCCAGAGGCAGUGGUACAGGUAUCUCUAAGCCAGAGGCAGGGGUACAGGUAUCUCUAAGCCAGAGGCAGGGGUACAGGGAUCUCUAAGCCAGAGGUAGGGGUACAGGGAUCCCUAAGCCAGAGGUAGGGUUACAAGCUAAGGGAUACCUUAGCCAGAGGCAGUGGUACAGGUAUCUCUAAGCCAGAGGCAGGGGUACAAGCUAAGGGAUACCUUAGCCAGAGGCAGUGGUACAGGUAUCUCUAAGCCAGAGGCAGGGGUACAAGCUAAGGGAUACCUUAGCCAGAGGCAGUGGUACAGGUAUCUCUAAGCCAGAGGCAGGGGUACAAGCUAAGGGAUACCUUAGCCAGAGGCAGUGGUACAGGUAUCUCUAAGCCAGAGGCAGGGGUACAAGCUAAGGGAUACCUUAGCCAGAGGCAGUGGUACAGGUAUCUCUAAGCCAGAGGCAGGGGUACAAGCUAAGGGAUACCUUAGCCAGAGGCAGUGGUACAGGUAUCUCUAAGCCAGAGGCAGGGGUACAAGCUAAGGGAUACCUUAGCCAGAGGCAGUGGUACAGGUAUCUCUAAGCCAGAGGCAGGGGUACAAGCUAAGGGAUACCUUAGCCAGAGGCAGUGGUACAGGUAUCUCUAAGCCAGAGGCAGGGGUACAAGCUAAGGGAUACCUUAGCCAGAGGCAGUGGUACAGGUAUCUCUAAGCCAGAGGCAGGGGUACAAGCUAAGGGAUACCUUAGCCAGAGGCAGUGGUACAGGUAUCUCUAAGCCAGAGGCAGGGGUACAAGCUAAGGGAUACCUUAGCCAGAGGCAGUGGUACAGGUAUCUCUAAGCCAGAGGCAGGGGUACAAGCUAAGGGAUACCUUAGCCAGAGGCAGUGGUACAGGUAUCUCUAAGCCAGAGGCAGGGGUACAAGCUAAGGGAUACCUUAGCCAGAGGCAGUGGUACAGGUAUCUCUAAGCCAGAGGCAGGGGUACAAGCUAAGGGAUACCUUAGCCAGAGGCAGUGGUACAGGUAUCUCUAAGCCAGAGGCAGGGGUACAAGCUAAGGGAUACCUUAGCCAGAGGCAGUGGUACAGGUAUCUCUAAGCCAGAGGCAGGGGUACAAGCUAAGGGAUACCUUAGCCAGAGGCAGUGGUACAGGUAUCUCUAAGCCAGAGGCAGGGGUACAAGCUAAGGGAUACCUUAGCCAGAGGCAGUGGUACAGGUAUCUCUAAGCCAGAGGCAGGGGUACAAGCUAAGGGAUACCUUAGCCAGAGGCAGUGGUACAGGUAUCUCUAAGCCAGAGGCAGGGGUACAAGCUAAGGGAUACCUUAGCCAGAGGCAGUGGUACAGGUAUCUCUAAGCCAGAGGCAGGGGUACAAGCUAAGGGAUACCUUAGCCAGAGGCAGUGGUACAGGUAUCUCUAAGCCAGAGGCAGGGGUACAAGCUAAGGGAUACCUUAGCCAGAGGCAGUGGUACAGGUAUCUCUAAGCCAGAGGCAGGGGUACAAGCUAAGGGAUACCUUAGCCAGAGGCAGUGGUACAGGUAUCUCUAAGCCAGAGGCAGGGGUACAAGCUAAGGGAUACCUUAGCCAGAGGCAGUGGUACAGGUAUCUCUAAGCCAGAGGCAGGGGUACAAGCUAAGGGAUACCUUAGCCAGAGGCAGUGGUACAGGUAUCUCUAAGCCAGAGGCAGGGGUACAAGCUAAGGGAUACCUUAGCCAGAGGCAGUGGUACAGGUAUCUCUAAGCCAGAGGCAGGGGUACAAGCUAAGGGAUACCUUAGCCAGAGGCAGUGGUACAGGUAUCUCUAAGCCAGAGGCAGGGGUACAAGCUAAGGGAUACCUUAGCCAGAGGCAGUGGUACAGGUAUCUCUAAGCCAGAGGCAGGGGUACAAGCUAAGGGAUACCUUAGCCAGAGGCAGUGGUACAGGUAUCUCUAAGCCAGAGGCAGGGGUACAAGCUAAGGGAUACCUUAGCCAGAGGCAGUGGUACAGGUAUCUCUAAGCCAGAGGCAGGGGUACAAGCUAAGGGAUACCUUAGCCAGAGGCAGUGGUACAGGUAUCUCUAAGCCAGAGGCAGGGGUACAAGCUAAGGGAUACCUUAGCCAGAGGCAGUGGUACAGGUAUCUCUAAGCCAGAGGCAGGGGUACAAGCUAAGGGAUACCUUAGCCAGAGGCAGUGGUACAGGUAUCUCUAAGCCAGAGGCAGGGGUACAAGCUAAGGGAUACCUUAGCCAGAGGCAGUGGUACAGGUAUCUCUAAGCCAGAGGCAGGGGUACAAGCUAAGGGAUACCUUAGCCAGAGGCAGUGGUACAGGUAUCUCUAAGCCAGAGGCAGGGGUACAAGCUAAGGGAUACCUUAGCCAGAGGCAGUGGUACAGGUAUCUCUAAGCCAGAGGCAGGGGUACAAGCUAAGGGAUACCUUAGCCAGAGGCAGUGGUACAGGUAUCUCUAAGCCAGAGGCAGGGGUACAAGCUAAGGGAUACCUUAGCCAGAGGCAGUGGUACAGGUAUCUCUAAGCCAGAGGCAGGGGUACAAGCUAAGGGAUACCUUAGCCAGAGGCAGUGGUACAGGUAUCUCUAAGCCAGAGGCAGGGGUACAAGCUAAGGGAUACCUUAGCCAGAGGCAGUGGUACAGGUAUCUCUAAGCCAGAGGCAGGGGUACAAGCUAAGGGAUACCUUAGCCAGAGGCAGUGGUACAAGUAUCUCUAAGCCAGAGGUAGGGGUACAGGGAUCUCUGAGCCAGAGGCAGGGGUACAGGGAUCUCUAAGGCAGAGGUAGGGGUACAGGGAUCUUUAAGCCAGAGGUAGGGGUACAGGGAUCCCUAAGCCAGAGGCAGGGGUAGAAGGGAUCCCUUAGCCAGAGGCAAUGGUACAGGUAUCUCUAAGCCAGAUGCAGUGGUACAGGUAUCUCUAAGCCAGAGGCAGUGGUACAGGGAUCCAUAAGCCAGAGGUAGGGUUACAAGGGAUCCCUAAGCCAGAGGCAGUGGUACAGGGAUCCCUAAGCCAGAGGCAGUGGUACAGGGAUCCAUAAGCCAGAUGAAAUGGUACAGGGAUCCCUAACCCAGAGGUAGUGGUACAGGGAUCCCUAAGCCAGAGACAGUGGUACAGGGAUCCCUAAGCCAGAGGCAGUGAUACAGGGAUCCCUAAACCAGAGGCAGUGGUACAUGGAUCUCUAAGCCUGAGGCAGUGGUACAGGGAUCCCUAAGCCAGAGGCAGUGGUACAGGGAUCCGUAAACCGGAGGCAGUAGUACAUGAAUCCCUAAGCCAGAGGCAGUGGUACAGGGAUCCCUAGGCCAGAGGCAGUGGUACAGGGAUCCCUAAGCCAAAGGCAGGGGUACAAGGGAUCCCUAAGCCUGAGGCAGGGGUACAGGGAUCCCCAGGCCAGAGGCAGUGGUACAGGGAUCCAUAAGCCAGAGGUAGGGUUACAAGGGAUCCCUAAGCAAGAGGCAGUGGUACAGGGAUCCCUAAGCCAGAGGCAGUGGUACAGGGAUCCAUAAGCCAGAUGAAAUGGUACAGGGAUCCCUAACCCAGAGGUAGUGGUACAGGGAUCCCUAAGCCAGAGACAGUGGUACAGGGAUCCCUAAGCCAGAGGCAGUGAUACAGGGAUCCCUAAACCAGAGGCAGUGGUACAUGGAUCUCUAAGCCUGAGGCAGUGGUACAGGGAUCCCUAAGCCAGAGGCAGUGGUACAGGGAUCCGUAAACCGGAGGCAGUAGUACAUGAAUCCCUAAGCCAGAGGCAGUGGUACAGGGAUCCCUAGGCCAGAGGCAGUGGUACAGGGAUCCCUAAGCCAGAGGCAGUGGU